CCAUCUGUCACCAUUAGUGAGGGCCCACCACUACUGUCAAGCAAAAGCAUUUUUGCUGGAGAGUCUAACCAUUUUAUUUUAGUUAAUAAAAUACAUAUAUUUCCACUCUUUUUUUCCGUUGUACGCGCGUGCAAAAAGACCAAGUGCAAGUGUGUCCAUCGUACAAUAAUAAUAAUAAUAAUAUUCGAUUGAAAGGCAGUGAUUCGAGCGGAUCCGUGCGACGAAAUUUUUCCCCGUUUCGUUUUUCGUUCGUUCGUGCGUUUUUUUUUUUCUCCACUCUCUCGGCCAAGCAGCAGCAGCAACCAGCACCAGCGUAUUGUAAAAAAUUUUUUGAGACCUUGAGAAAACACCCAGCACGGCGAUAUUCCAACUGCUGAAAAAACAAAAGAAAUUGAGAAACGAAACGGUUAUACUCGUACGCUUCUGUUUCUUCCACACCGAGUGAUAUCUUAGGAAAGCAGUGCUUCAACGGACCAGCCAACGGGCAGCGGAGGAGCAGCUGAGCAGCCAGCCAAGAUGGACAAGAUUCGGAUAUUAAAGGAGAGCCGCCCCGAGAUAAUCGUCGGUGGCAAGUACCGUGUCAUCAGGAAGAUUGGUAGCGGUUCGUUUGGUGAUAUCUAUCUGGGUAUGAGCAUCCAGAGCGGCGAGGAGGUGGCCAUUAAGAUGGAGAGCGCCCAUGCCCGUCAUCCCCAGCUGCUGUACGAGGCCAAGUUGUAUCGCAUUUUGAGCGGAGGCGUCGGCUUUCCACGGAUCCGUCAUCACGGCAAGGAGAAGAACUUCAAUACACUGGUGAUGGAUCUGCUGGGUCCGUCGCUGGAGGAUCUAUUCAAUUUUUGUACACGCCACUUCACCAUUAAGACGGUGCUGAUGCUGGUGGAUCAGAUGAUCGGACGUUUGGAGUAUAUCCAUCUCAAGUGCUUCAUUCAUCGCGACAUAAAGCCCGAUAACUUUCUCAUGGGCAUCGGUCGGCAUUGCAACAAGCUAUUCCUGAUCGAUUUUGGACUGGCGAAGAAGUUCCGUGAUCCGCACACGCGCCACCACAUCCUGUACCGUGAGGAUAAGAACCUUACCGGCACCGCCCGCUAUGCCUCGAUUAAUGCCCAUUUGGGGAUUGAACAAUCACGUCGCGACGAUAUGGAAUCAUUGGGGUAUGUGAUGAUGUACUUUAAUCGGGGCGUCCUGCCAUGGCAGGGCAUGAAGGCCAAUACCAAGCAACAGAAGUACGAGAAGAUCUCCGAGAAGAAGAUGUCGACGCCCAUUGAGGUCCUGUGCAAGGGCUCGCCGGCCGAGUUCUCCAUGUAUUUGAACUAUUGUCGUAGCCUGCGCUUCGAGGAGCAGCCGGACUAUAUGUACCUACGCCAAUUGUUCCGCAUACUGUUUAGGACACUGAACCACCAGUAUGACUACAUCUACGACUGGACAAUGCUGAAGCAGAAGACCCACCAGGGUCAGCCGAAUCCAGCUAUACUCUUGGAGCAAUUGGACAAGGACAAGGAGAAGCAGAACGGCAAGCCCCUGAUCGCAGACUAAGGACGAUGGACUGGAGGGGGGACGCCCGUCCGUUCGAGCACAAGGACGAAUGUGCCGGACGCUACAGAAGACGACGGAGUAGUAGUAGGAGGAGGAGGAGGAGGAGGACGAUAACGGUGGGAUAGAAGUCGUAAAA